CCGAAUCUUUUACUAUUUUCAUCUCUCCUUCACACACACAAACACACACACAAUCUCCUCCAAUUUCCUCCGAUUUCCUCAAAACCCAAAAGAAUCAACAAAUAAAUCAACAAUCCAUCACCGAAAUCCCCCAAAGAAAUGAUCAGAAUUCCGUUAAAGCCAUGCCAAUCGAUCAUCACAAUCAUGCUCUGUAUCUCGACAGCAUUCAUGGCGAUUGUCACUGGUUCUGAUCCCAAUUCGAAUAUCGGCGUGGGAAUCAACUGGGGUACCAUGACCAGCCACCAGUUGCCGGCGGAUAAGGUGGUGGAAAUGAUGAGAGAGAAUGGGUUCAAGAAGGUGAAGCUCUUUGAACCAGAAAAAAGGAUCAUGGAAGCCCUAAUUGGAUCAGAGAUUGAGGUGAUGGUAGCGAUCCCUAAUUUCAUGCUGUUGGAUAUGAGUCAAGAUCCAAGCUAUGCUGAUUAUUGGGUUGAUGCUAAUAUUACUAGUUAUGCUUAUCCUGGUGGUGUCGAUAUCAAGUAUGUUGCAGUCGGAAACGAGCCAUUUCUCAAAGCAUACAAUGCUACAUAUCUCCAAAUCACAUUACCGGCGUUAAAAAAUGUCCAAAAUGCCCUUACCCGGGCCGGUUUCGGUAACCAAAUCAAAGCCACCGUCCCAUUGAACGCCGACAUCUACGAGUCGCCGGAAUCAAAUCCAGUCCCGUCGGCCGGCGACUUCCGUUCAGAAAUCAAAGACAAAACCAUUGAAAUCAUCCAAUUUCUUUAUUCCAACGACGCCCCUUUCACAGUCAAUAUUUACCCCUUCCUUAGUCUCUAUGGCAACGCUUAUUUCCCCAUGGAUUUUGCGUUCUUCGAUGGCUCAAAUAAGCCCCUGAAAGACGGAAAUUAUCUCUACACCAAUGUCUUCGAUGCAAACUACGACACAUUAGUCGCUUCCUUAACAAAAGCCGGAUACCCGGAGAUGAAAAUCAUCGUCGGAGAAAUCGGGUGGCCCACCGACGGCGACAUCAACGCAAACGCAAAAAAUGCAAAAAGAUUCAACCAAGGUGUGAUUAGACAUGUGUUAAGCUCAAAAGGUACACCAGUCCGAAAAGGACCACUCGAAAUUUAUCUCUUCAGUUUGUUAGAUGAAAACAAGAAAAGCAUAGCUCCGGGAUCAUUUGAGACACAUUGGGGGAUUUUCGAAUACGAUGGAAAACCCAAAUACGAACUGGAUUUAACGGGAUCGAAGAAGAACAAAGGGUUAGCUCCGGUUGUCGGAGUUCAAUACAUGAGCCGGAGGUGGUGCGUGUUGAAUCCACGUGUGAAGGAACUGGAUGGAUUGGCUAAAGAGAUUGACUACGCUUGUAGCUUAUCGGAUUGUACGUCUUUAGGUUAUGGAUCUUCGUGCAAUCGGUUGAAUUUAGCGGGAAAUGCUUCUUAUGCUUUUAAUAUGUACUAUCAACUUCAAGGUCAGAAUGAUUGGGAUUGUGACUUUUCUGGGUUGUCGAUUGUUACUGGGGAGGAUCCAUCGGUGGGGGAGUGUCGGUUUCCGGUGAUGAUUGCUUUUGGGUCUUCGGUGGUGGUUCACCGGAAAAUUUUCAAGGUUUUGUUGGGUGUACUUGAAGCUUGCAUUGUGUUCUUGCUUCUUGUUUCUUAGCAUUUUCAUUUUUGGAUCAUAGAUUUUUAGAUUGUAAUAUAACUGAAACGAAUACGAAUGAGUAAUCCAUCAUUUUUAUCUUCAGGCUAAUACGACAGAAAAAAAAAAAAAUACUUUAUUAGAUGUUAUUUGAUUAUUUAAUAU